GGUUUGGCCAGUCCAGCGCAACCGCAUUCUUUGGACUUACGGCACAUGGAGCAACCUGCCGGAGAAGACCCUACUUCUGCAGUGGAAGUUGGAGCCAAACCUGCUGAAUCGAUAGUGGGUGCUCUUUGGAAUGAAUGGCCUUGGAGUGCUCAAUGGUGUUGGAGGUUCACGAUCUUGCAGAUUAUGUUCGCUGUGAUUGGGAUCUCGGGGGGAUGCCUUAGCCUGAAGGCGAUGUGACAUCGGACGACUGGACUCAGAUCUGGCACCUUUGCUUCGAGGUAGGGCCACUCUACAAGACAGUGAAUGUGGAUGAGAUUGAACUCUUCACUGUCGCCCGCUAUGUGUUGAUCAUCCCCUUGAUCUUCAUCACCCUCCUUCACCUCCGCGAGCGUUGCCGGCCCCGCGCACGGCACGGGGCGCUGGUGAUCUCUUUCGUGUCGAUGUGGGAAUUUUCAGUGAAGAUCACGUAUUACACUUUGCUGUCCGAAGGCUAUGGCCUGGCAUUUCAAAAUCAAAGGAGCUUUGACUACCGACCCAUCUAUGCCACGCGGUGGAUGGGCUGGUUCUUCGCCAUUCCCACCUUGCUUUUUAUGAAUCUCUAUCCCAUCAUGGAGGACUACCCUGCCUCAGCAGUGGUGAAGAGGAUCUUCCCACAGCAGGCCUGCUCUGCUGCCUACUGUUGGACGUGCUACUUAGGUUGCAUCAUCUAUGAUCCUUGGUUCGGAUGGUUCUUGAACAUCCUGGGGUGCGUGGGCUACGUUGUAGUGAUUGUGGAUGAGGCAGUUUUAGUGGCUGAACACAUGCUCUCCACCAAGCAGCCAAUCCUCAAAGGCUACAGUAUCAUCGUGAAGGAAUGCAUCUUUGUGAUGUAUACCUGUGUGUGGCUCAUGGGGUGUUGGAGCUAUACAGGAUCCUAUGCUGUGCAGCGCUUCUAUACCGUCUCCGAUGUGAGCUUGAAAGCCACCAUGUCCGGCUUGAUGUUCCUGUACUGGAACACCGAGGAUUACUUCGGCCCGGCGGUCAAGAAGGAUGAGUGACGAGUGUGAGUCAAGCCUGUGCACAGCGUGCGCGGCGGAAGUCCGAGGAUUUGUUGCUGCGUCCCGCCAAUGUGGUUGUUUCCAGCACUGUGCUGAAUAAGCACGCGGAGAAAAAAAGAGAACCCGCUGUAGUAGCCGC